GUCAGUUUUUUGUUUUUUUUGCAGCCGUUUGAUUUAUUUACUGUCGUUUAAAGUAUUCUUGUGAAAGAUUCGGAUUACUACUGAACAAUUUAACAAUUGUGACCGAGUAAGAAGGUUCAUUUGCAUCCAGCAAUGUCAAAUUGCCCAACUAUCCACUUAACUUUACCGCAGUGGGACGGGGGUUCACGGAGGAUCCGCUAUAUUUACAUGGUGAACCUGACCUCGUUCAGUCUGGCAGAGUGUUCUAACGAGAGUCCAGUGGUUCCUCUUUAUUUAGGAGCUGAUGUCUUCUCCAACACGGAUAUCCGCACAGAGAACCAUCCCAGAUACCACGCAAAGUUUGCCAAGAAAGGAUUCGCAACAAAAAUAAAUUUUUCCUCAGCAUUCAGGUUCCAUGGGUUGAAGGUACAUACUGCAAAUAACAGCCUCUGGUUCUACAGCGUUCAAGGACUUUUCCGAGUAGCCUUUGAGAUGUACAGUAAGCAAGAGCAGCUCGCUGUGUUAGAGAACUUCCAGGAUGUUUGGAAAUCGCAGAUAAAUGAAAGCCCCCUGAAAAUGAGUUACAGCCUCAAUGUGCAGCUUGAAAUGCCACAACCUAAGCAUCGCCAUGUUGGCAUGGAGUCAGUGGAUGUGCAUUGCAGUGACACAGGCGAUACAUCAGCAGACCACGACUAUUGUUCUAUUCCCAAGCAGAGAUUGCAGGCUGAGCAAAGCCAACACAUUAUAUCCACAGCGAGACAGAAAUUGCACCGCUUGGAUGACAAACUCUCUGCUGAGACUCAAAGCAACACAGAACAGCUGGAGACCAUCUUGAUGCUUUUGGAGAACAUUGAUCAGUACAUAAAUGGGAAUGUAGAAGAAAAGGAUGUAACAGAAACUGUGUUAGCCCUGCUGAAGGCCAAAGACUGGGGCUGUGCGUAUUCAAGUUCCUUGCUUUGUGGUAUAGGACGAUGGCUAGGGCAACAGUUUCAUGCAGCCAACUGCGGCAUCAGCCAGAAAGUGGAGGGCUUUAAAGUACAGCAUAUUGAACGAAUUAGUGACUUGCCUCCUGCAGAAGAGCUAGCCACAGAGCUUUUCCCAGAAGCCAUGCAAACACUGCUGCUUCAUUGGAUGGGCCUAAGUGAUGAGUCCACUGUGGAGAAGAGACACAGCGAGUACCCAAUCCUGCUCCUUAUCCUCGAGUUUGCCAACCACAACCUGAUCACUGGUGUGGCUCAUGUGCUGUACUCCAGCCUCAUAUGUAAAUAGGAGUGGGUUUCCAAUUAGGUGUCGACACAAAGACCUGAAAUUGAUCAAUUUCCAGUAUAAUAAAAAAUGUUUGUAUGUGAAGUUGUCUUUUCUUGCUUUGGACUGCAUUUCUAUCAACUUCGUUAAAAACUAUGGCUAGGUGACAAGUCGAGAUUGUUUGACUUUCGGUGAAAUCAUAUUGCCGUAACAUAAUUUGAUGUUGCUUUUAGCAAAAUUAUUAAUUGCAAGCAGAUUGUUUGACAAGUGACACUUUGUUCAGAGGAGUUAUUUUUUUUGAUAUCAUGCGCAGUUCGUAAACACGGUUCAUAUAACUUGACA